AUGUCUUCAUCGCCACCGGCUUUAGACGUUGUUUUGGAUCCUCCCAAUGUUCUUGCUUCAUCUCCUGUCGCCUCUUCUUCUUCAGCAUGUUGCUCAUCAUCACCCUCAUUUUCAUGGUCAGCUGCCUCUGGAGGAAAUUUAGGUGCACGUUGCAUGGCCUGUAAGCAUCAAGCUAAUGAUGUUAAACAAGCGCUCUUCAGGAGGCAACCCGACUCUGUAUGGCUCCAAAGUGAAUUGUGGCUUCAAAGAAACAGAAAACCUCAUAGGCUGGAACUUCAAGAGAACAACAAACCUUUGACCAGACAAGAUUUAUUAGACAAGAACAAGAGGGUAGGUAUCAGAACUUAUGGGAAGAUCCAUCUGGAAGAGCAGAUAUGCCAUUACCAAGAAUCCUUUAAUAAGAUGCCCAAUGAAGCAGUGAUCUCUAAGAAAAUUAUUUUGGAAGGUAGGGAAGUGGAAAGGAAUCCAUCUGUGGAUAUGGCUCAGCUUCUGUAUUUUCUCAUGUCAGGUAGGCGAGUUGAUAUCAGUCAAAUCAUUGCUACCGAAAUGAAAAAUGUUGCAGAAAGCGGUAAGGAGUUUGGGGCCGGAACCAUAAGCGCUCAUCCUCUAGUUUAUCCCAGUUUCAUCAUGGGAUUUCUCAUUGCUUCUCGAGUAAGGAUUCCCAAUGUAGUACCAUUUGUAAUCAAAACCAAAGUUAACGAAACAUAUAUGGAGAGGUAUUGCUUGGAAAAGAAAAAGAAAAAAAGGCAAGAAGACCAAGCAGGGAAGACUUCAUCCACUAUGAACUAUGAUGAUUGGGAUCUAAGACUUCUCCAAGCUUUCACCUAUAUUUGGAAUCAAAACGAUUACAAUCAAAGGAUUGCUCUUUCUUUACAUGAUUCUUUUCACAUGUUACACAUUCAGCCAGGAGGGUAG